AUGCUCAAGUUUGGAGUUUCUGCAGCAUUGCUUUUAGUAUCGAUCCACGCAUUCCCAGUCACUCAGCUACAACAGUAUCCCCAGACCGCUCAACAAUAUCCUGCCCAACAGGAGGUCAAACCAGCUCAAUCGAUUCCCCAACUUACUGCCCACCACGGUUAUGUCUAUGGUCCACAACAGAAUAGUCCACAACUGUCACAAUAUCCGGCUACCCAACCCACCCCAGCAGCAACUCCGACUCCAGACCAAACUUUAUCGCAAAUGCCGUUAGAAAUGAAGCAAACUGCUCAGACACUGUUCAGCGACCCAGAUUUCCAAAUGUUGGCUAGAAGUCUGCAGACUGGAACGGGAAGUAUUGGAUACUCUAACCCGCUCUCCGCGCGCGAUGUGCCACCAUGCUCCUCUGACGGUCGUUCAGUCACGAUUGAUCAUCUCCGAAUCUCUCCUGAAUCCUUAGUCCAAAUUGCUCGUCUUGCUCAAGCAUUCGGAACCAACCCAGAUUGGAAGAAACUCCGUCUUGCCGAUAUGAAAUCUGCCCUCGGUUCUCAAAUGCACCCUACUCACCAAUAUGCAGCAAGAUCUAUUGGAUUGUAA